UUAAUAGUUCAACUGGGACUAAGCUAGAGAGUCUGUGGCCUAAAAUCCUAAAUGGGAUGAAUUUUCUGUGGUGGCUGAAAUCAUCUCCAUUCCCUUGCUGACUGCAAUUGAAAUACCCGCAGUUGAGGGUGAGAGCUGAGCAAUCGGAGGCAGACAGCUGCCCAUAAUCUGGUAUGGUCCUUGGGAAGGAUUUCUGGGGUGAGGGAACCUCGUGUAGAAAAAACAAGCAAAGAAAGGCUGAAGGGAGAGUGAGUUGGAGACUUCCUGUGCGGUUUCCUCCUCCACUUCUCCCCCCUCCCCCACCGCCGCCAAUCACAAAUUCUGACCAUUAAGGCACAAAGGUAGAAAAUCCCAUGGGGUCUCGGGCCUGGAAGCCUCUCAUUGUCCGGCUCUGACUAUAAGCUCGCAGAAUGGGAAAAGCCUCCCCCCACCCAACCCUCGCUUUCUUGCUCCUUGCCACGCUGGGCUGGCUGUUGCAAGUGGGAAGCAGUCUCAGGCUGCACGCAAUCCUUUUUGCAAAGCCGAGGAAUGAGUGAAUGAGAGAGGGAGCGAGAGAGACAGAGACAGAGACAGAGACAGAGUGUGUGGUGUAGGGAGGAUUGGGGGUGGGAUUCCAUGACGUUACCGGCUCCGCCUCCUGGUGUAUAUAAGGGGGCGCUUGGCGCGCAACGACCCCAAGCCGCAGCUUUGAAGCCUGAGCAGCCGAAGUCCGUACCCCCAACCCAACUCGUUUAACUCAGCCUCACCCACCCCAAUCUGAGACUCUCCUCUCCUUGGGCUUCCACAGCUCUCCGAUCCUAGAAUCCUCUUCAAUUCCAGCUAGAAUGCUGUGGCAGGCACUUCGCAGAUUUGGUCAAAAGCUGGUACGCAGACGUGCACUGGAGCCAGGCAUGGCUGAGACUCGCCUUGCCAGAUGCCUGAGCACUCUGGAUUUAGUGGCCCUGGGUGUGGGCAGCACAUUGGGUGCAGGUGUGUAUGUCCUGGCUGGUGAGGUGGCCAAAGAUAAAGCAGGACCAUCCAUUGUGAUCUGCUUUUUGGUGGCCGCUUUAUCUUCUGUGUUGGCUGGACUGUGCUAUGCUGAGUUUGGUGCCCGAGUCCCCCGUUCUGGUUCUGCAUAUCUCUACAGCUAUGUCACAGUGGGUGAACUCUGGGCCUUCACCACUGGCUGGAACCUCAUCCUCUCCUAUGUUAUCGGGACAGCCAGUGUGGCCCGGGCCUGGAGCUCGGCGUUUGACAACCUGAUUGGGAACCACAUCUCUCAGACCCUGCAGGGGAGCAUCUCAUUGCAUGUUCCCCAUGUCCUCGCAGAAUAUCCAGACUUCUUUGCUAUGGGGCUUGUGUUGUUGCUCACCGGAUUGCUGGCUUUGGGAGCUAGUGAAUCAGCCCUGGUUACCAAAGUGUUCACAGUGGUGAACCUUUUGGUUCUUGGUUUUGUCAUCAUCUCUGGCUUCAUUAAGGGGGACCUUCACAAUUGGAAACUCACAGAAGGGGACUACAAACUGACUGUGGCUGGACUCAAUGACACCUAUAGCCUGGGCCCUCUGGGCUCUGGAGGAUUUGUGCCUUUCGGCUUUGAGGGGAUUCUCCGUGGAGCAGCUACCUGUUUCUAUGCGUUUGUUGGUUUCGACUGUAUUGCUACCACUGGUGAAGAAGCUCAGAAUCCCCAGCAUUCCAUCCCUGUGGGCAUUGUCGUUUCACUGUUUGUCUGCUUUUUGGCAUAUUUUGGUGUCUCUUCGGCCCUUACGCUUAUGAUGCCUUACUACCAGCUUCAACCGGAGAGCCCCCUGCCUGAAGCAUUUCUCUAUACGGGAUGGGCCCCUGCCCGCUAUGUUGUGGCUCUUGGAUCCCUCUGUGCUCUUUCUACCAGCCUCUUAGGUUCUAUGUUCCCCAUGCCUCGGGUGAUCUAUGCAAUGGCAGAGGAUGGCCUCCUGUUCCGUGUCCUUGCCAGAGUCCACACGGGUACACACACCCCCAUCGUGGCCACUGUGGUCUCUGGCAUUAUUGCAGCAUUCAUGGCGUUCCUCUUUGAACUCACUGAUCUUGUGGACCUUAUGUCGAUUGGGACCCUACUUGCCUACUCCCUGGUGGCUAUUUGUGUUCUCAUCCUCAGGUAUCAGCCUGAGCUGAAGAAUGAAGAGGAUGAAGUGGAGCUGCAAGAAGAGAACAUGGCUGGAGCAGAAAAGCUGACCCUACAGGGGCUGUUCUGUCCACUCAGCUCCAUCCCUACUCCACUCUCUGGCCAAGUUGUCUAUGUCUGUUCCUCAUUGGUUGCUCUGCUGCUGACUCUUCUUUGCCUGGUGCUGGCCCAGUGGCCAAUUCCACUGGUUUCUGGAGACCCAGUGUGGACUGUAGUGGUUGUGCUGCUCCUGAUGCUCGUUACUGGGAUCACUGGGGUCAUCUGGAGACAGCCACAGAGUUCUACUCCCUUGCACUUUAAGGUACCUGCUUUGCCUCUCCUCCCUCUAAUGAGCAUCUUUGUGAAUGUUUACCUUAUGAUGCAGAUGACAGCUGGCACCUGGGCCCGAUUUGGGGUCUGGAUGCUGAUUGGGUUUGCUAUCUACUUUGGCUAUGGGAUCCAGCACAGCUUGGAAGAAGUUAAGAGUGACCAAGCCCCACUCAAGUGUAGGGCCAAAACUGUAGACCUUGAUCUCAGCAAUGCCUGUACACAUUCGAUUUGACGUCAUCAUGCCUGAAUGCUGUCUGGUUCCCCUGCGCAGUAAUGGAGAGUACCUUUGAGCACAGGAGAAGCUAGGGCUCCCAUGGGAUGUCAGUGGGGGAAUGCUAAUAGAGCUCUGUAUUUAUUGUGGAGUGAAGGAUGUGUCUUUGCUGUUCCUCAUCCCUUUUAUUUUUUUCUUAGUGGUCUACUUUUCACUUGUGUCUGUAGCUGCUUACUGGCUUUUACAAACUUAUUAAAAGAAACUAUAAAAAAAAA